AUCUCGGUUUCUAGAUCUCGCGCUAGUGACGUUACGCACGCAUUUUAUAACAAAGAAAAAUGCCGCCCAAGACCAGUGGCAAGGCCGCCAAGAAAUCUGGCAAAGCCCAGAAGAACAUCUCCAAGACUGACAAAAAGAAGAAGAAGCACAAGAGGAAGGAGAGCUACGCCAUCUACAUUUACAAAGUGCUGAAGCAGGUGCACCCGGACACCGGUAUAUCCAGCAAGGCGAUGUCCAUCAUGAACUCGUUCGUGAACGACAUCUUCGAGCGAAUCGCCGCCGAGGCUUCCCGCCUGGCCCACUACAACAAGAGGUCAACGAUCACAUCGAGGGAGGUGCAGACUUCCGUGAGGCUUCUCCUGCCCGGUGAGCUCGCCAAGCACGCCGUCAGUGAAGGCACCAAGGCGGUCACCAAGUACACCAGCUCCAAGUAGAUGAUUUAUAUAUAGUGUGUGUGUG